UGUGUUGGUUGUGCGCUGACAGCAGGCUGGCCGGAGACCGUUUGCAGCCGUUGCCGUUGUUGUUGCCGCUUCCGCCACCGGCUUCCACUCCACGUUGUGAGUCCGGAUACAAACUGAAAACAAGAACGGGACUUAAUUUCUGUUACAGGAAACACAAAUAACAAAGUGUAUUUUGAAAGCUUUUGGACACGCUGACCGCCGAGCUCUCUCCUCCCGGUGGUGAACGGACUGUCGGUGAAGUGAGACUGACUGAGAGGCCGAAGCUGAGAGACAUUUGACUGCAUGAAGAGGCCAAGUGACGGGACACCGGUCUUCACCUAGACCCCUCCAACGACCCCCCCCCACCCACUGCCUGGACAUGAGGUCGUUCAGAUCGUUUGCAAACGACGACCGCCAUGUCAUGGCCAAGCACGCCAGCAUCUACCCGGCACCGGAGGAGCUGGAGGCCGUCCAGACGCUGGUGUCCACCGUAGAGGGAGCCCUCAAGAAAGUCUCUGAUUGGAUGGAUGGCCUCAAUAAAUCCUCAGAGAAGACCUCCAGCAGUAAUGAGGCUGGAGAUAGUAAAGUGGAGGACGAUGCUGCUGAGACGAAGCCAGACGGCACGCCGGCGCUGUGCGGGGUGACACGUGUCGGCCUAGUGGCCAAAGGCCUGCUGAUCAAAGGGGACAUGGACCUGGAACUGGUGCUGAUGUGCAGGGAGAAACCCACCAAAGUACUGCUGUACACCAUCAGCGCCAACCUCCCCCUGCAGAUCCAGACAAUGACGGAGGACAAAUUCGAGGUGCAGUCAUGUGUGCCUGAGGCAGCCAUCCAGGUCUGCAACACCAAAGACCCCCGACUCGCCCUGAAGAUCACCCUCUCCUCCUUAACCAUGAGAGAGGAACACAGCACCACAGAUGAAGUCUCUCCAGAGGAGGACCAUCAGGACGACAACAAGGAGCGGCAGGAGGACGAGGUGAAGGAGGACGAGGUGAAGGAGGACGAGGUGAAGGAGGACGAGGUGAAGGAGGACGAGGUGAAGGAGGACGAGGUGAAGGAGAACGAGGUGAAGGAGAACGAGGAGGAUGUCCUGGACAGGCAGAAGUGCCAGGCUGCACUGGCAUCGCUCCGACACGCUAAAUGGUUCCAGGCCAGAGUCACAGAUCUGAAGUCUUGCGUCAUCGUCUUGAGGAUUUUCAGAGACAUGUGCAACAGACUGGCUGGGUGGCAGCCUCUCAAAGGAUGGCCUCUGGAGCUGAUCUGUGAAAAGGCAAUAGCCACCUGUAAUCGGCCGCUGGGUCCAGGUGAGGCCCUGCGUCGUGUCAUGGAGUGCAUCGCCUCCGGGAUCCUCAUGCCAGGAGGUCCAGGAGUUCACGACCCCUGUGAGAGAGAGCCCACAGACGUCCUGUCUGACCUCAGCGCCCAGCAGGCGGACGCCAUCACACACAGCGCACAGCAUGCCUUGCGCCUCCUAGCCUUUGGACAGCUUUACAAGGUCUUGAAUAUGGAUCCUCUCCCCGCCAGCAAGCCCUCACCAAGGCUGUUAGAAGGCGGCUGUCAGAAGAGGCUUCGUGAGGACGUCGGCUCAGAUGACAGAGACUUCAGCAAAAGGAUGAAAGUACUGGACUGGAGGAUGACGGAUCCAAACCACCCCAUGAACGCUCUGAUGCGUCUCAACCAGAUCCACCCGGGCCUCCAGUACCGCCUGCUGUCUCAGUCGGGCCCGGUGCAUGCUCCAGUCUUCACCAUGUCUGUGGACAUCCAGGGAACCACCUACCAGGCCACCGGGAACUCCAAGAGGACGGCCAAGCUCCAAGUGGCCCUCAAGGCGCUGCAGGCUCUGGGAUUCGUGCUUGGCAGCGACGGAGACGUGGACUCACUGAGCGCCGACGAGAAGUCAGAUGGCGAAGGCAAGAUCGACAGGAUGUCCACCAGCUCCAGCUCCACCUCCAUCACCUCCUCCACAGACGCACAGGAGUCCAGAGCUCCAGGUCCGAUCCUGACGGCGGGAGGUAAAAACCCGGUGAUGGAGCUGAAUGAGAAACGCCGUGGCUUAAAAUAUGAGCUGAUAUCAGAGAGUGGCAGCAGCUACGACAAACGCUUCAUCAUAGAGGUGGAGGUGGACAAGCAGGUUUUUCGUGGAACGGGUCCCAAUAAGAAAGUAGCUAAAGCCAGCGCAGCACUCACCGCCCUGAACAGCUUGUUCUCUGGCUCCAAAGCUACAAGCAACAAGAAGAAAAGACCCAACCCUCCUCCAAAGCGACCUGUACCCUCGGUGCUGACCCUCCCGGCCCUCACUCCCAGACCUCCAUGUGUCCCUGUCAUCCCCAGAGCACCCUACAUGAGCACCACACCCACACAUGGAUACAUCCCUCCAGGUUUUGGUGCUCCUUAUGGUUACAGCCCUGCAGGCGCCCUCCCUCCAUACGGUUUUUCUUCCAGAAUGCCCUCAGUAGUUGUCCCAGUCAUCAGAGUCCCCACAGCAUACCCCAUCACCCACCUCUACCCCUUUUAGGACCCUCCAUAACCUCACCCACUUCACUUCAACCCAAGUCACUUGUUAAAGUUAUAUUCUGACUUACUUUUUUUAUGUUCAUGACACACACUUCUAACUCCAAAAACCAACACUGGAUUCCACAAACGUUUGACCAAUAUACCCAAUCAGUACCAUUGUUGUCUCGCAUGGUCCCUCAUUAACAGCCAAAUAAGCUCUCUGAUCAUCAAAUUAUUAUGUAACAAAAACUGAGUUCAGCAUUAAGUGAGCUGCAGUGUGUGAAAGAGUAAGUACGUUUUAUACUGUUGGGUAAUAAAUUAAAAUCUACUAUAGGGAAUAAAUUAACCAACUACAAUACAGUGACAUAAGCAAACUAAAUGUACAGUCAGUGUAUGGACCUAAAAUAAAUAAUUAGCCAUUCAGUGAAAAACAAUCCAACAGACUACUUACUGCUGUAAGGAAAUAAGAAUUGUCUGUAGGGAAACUAACCCAACAUCCACCAUAGAGCAGUAAGAAAACUAAAUAUACAGUCACAAAACAUAAAUGUUUUUUUUUUUAGAGCUCAAUACAAUAAAUUCCUUCAACCAUGAUGAACUAACAAAAUGUCCACAUCGAGGGAAAAAGACACAACUGGUCACCAACUACAAGAUAUUCAUUGAAACUAAAUUAAUAUCCACUCUAAGCAACCAAACAUCCUCUGAUAGAAUUAAAGAAGCAGUUCCUACUGUGGGGUUUUAUUUAGUUUUCUACAUUGGAUACUGUAGUUGAUUUGUGUUUGUUUUUCUUAAAGUAACAUCCUGUGGCUUACAAAAUAAUUACUGUAAGAAACUUUUAUUAAAAAAAUGACCUAAAAUGGAACUAAACCAACUACUAAGUAUACAAGGGAACUGGAACUAAAUAGAUAUGUGUAAGUGUAAAGAGUUAAACAAUUGUAUGUAGGUAACUACAUACCUAAAGAAAUAGCCAACUGCACACUAACUACUAAAUAUCAGGAACUAAAAUACCAUCAACUCUAACAACAAAGUAGUCGAUGUAGGAAGGUAAAAUAUAAUAUCAUUUUGAACACAAAAUAUACAAUGUUGUAAAUUUGGGAACUAAAUAAAUAAACGGUAUGGGGCUAAUAUCUUCUGUGAAGAAAUUACUAACCGUACACCAAAUAUUAAAUGUCUACUGUAUAGAACUAAACAGUCACUACAGGGAACCAAAAAAACAACACCUACUAUACACCAACAACUAAUUAAACAUCCUCUGUAUGGGGAACUCAAUAACCACAAUUGCAAAUUUAAACCAGUCACUAGACAGAACUUAAGAAAAACACACACUGAUUGAUAGAAGCUAUAGGGAACAAAAGAAAGAGCCACUGUUGGGAUCUAAAACAACUACUAAGUAUCCAAGGGAACUGAAACUAAAAACAAUAUCCACUGAAAUGGGUUAAAAAUCUUCUGAAGGGAACUAAAGAAAAAACAACUGCAUGCUAACUACUAAAAUCAAAUGUAGGGAACUAAACAUUCUCUGUAGCAGAACUAACUCAUUAUUCACCAUAGAAAUCUAAAAUAACAGCCACUAUGGGAACUGAAAGAACAUCAACUGUAACAACAAAAAAGGCAACAUUGGGAAAAGACUUCCAUUGUAAGGAACUAAAAAUAUUUAGUUGGGAACAAAAGAAACACCUACUAAAUAUACAAUGUUGUAAAUGUAUUGAACUAAAUCAAUAAAUUGUAAGGAGAUAAACAUUUUCUGUGGGUUACUGAAGAAAUGAGGGUACUAACAUACAACAACCAUUAAAUAUCAACAUUUUUGAACUAAACAUUCACUAACUCAACAACCAGCAUAGCAAAUUCAAACCACUCACUAUAAGGACAACACAUAGUGACUGCUACAUUUGGAGAGCUUGAUAAAUAUCAGCUGCAGGGAAGUAAAGAAACAACCACUGUAGGGAACAAACACCAAAUACGCAGAUAGAAAACUGAUCACAUGAAGACUAUGUAAUCGAUAAAAUAUCUUCUUUGUCAAAAGUUGAAUUAUUUCUUGAACUUCCACUUAUGGACGUGAACAUUGUUUUGUUUUUUAAUUUCUCUCUGUUUUCUAAUGAUUGUUUAAGUUUCUGUGGAGAUAAAACAAAAAACAGAUUUCUGUCUGUUUGCACUAAAAAACCUUUUCCUUUUAUUUGGAUGUUGAAAGUCCAGGUUUACAGUUACGGUUGUGGAGUAUUUGAGCUAUUGAACCAUUUUAUGUUGAGUGAAAAUACUUUCUUUUCAGAGAGAGAUUUUAUUUUGACCUGUUUGUAGGUUAUAUUCUGUUUAAAUAAAUGAAUAUUUUGUCAA